AUGAGCGACGUUGGAUCAAGCGAUUUGGGGUCCCGCUCGCGUACCGCGAGCAUCGACUCGCAAAUGUACGCGAUCCCGGCGCCUUCGGGCGCGGGAUCGCCGCUUUCCAUGAGUUCUAGCAGUAGCAGCGACAUCGACAGUGAUGAUGAGGACGAUGGGGACGAUGGGGACGAGAGAGCCGAGGGCGACGACACGCCACUGGUGCUGGACCGAUUGGCGCGUCCGCUGGACGCGCCGGUCUUCGACGUGGCGCGAUUUGUGUUCCAAUCGCUCUCGCACGCUCUCGACAGCACGGACUUCGCACAGGCGACUGCGAUCCAAACCAGGACCGCAGGACUCAUCAACGCUCGCAGCAGAGAGCUUGAACAACUGGUGGAAGCGCUGCAGCAACGACUGCCGCGUCUGGAGACGCGGUUCGCCCAGGGUGCCCGCGUGGCACGUCAAAUCAAGCGUCGUCUGGAGCGGUGCAACGAGGUGGUGGAGCUUCUGGGGCGUGCGUUCCAGCGCGAGCACCCGAUUGAGUUCCAGCAGGCUCGGGAGGAGGUGUAUGAGCGGGAGGAGAAUGAAGAAUGA